AUUUUUGUUCCAAUAGAUCAUCAGAAUGUGGAAAUCUAAGCAUCUUCCGGCCAAGCCGCAUCCACUUUACACUGGUUUAAUAUUGAUCACCUUUACCUCUGUGCUCUUACAUAACGUCAUUGCAAAGCCAACAAAUCAAUCCUAUGAUUCUAUGGAAAACUAUUCAGGCGUAAAACAUUUACAAAAAAGAACAGCAUUUUUUGUUGGAAGUCGCUAUGGACGCUCUAGUGGCAACUCUGAGUCCGGAAGUUCAGCCAAUAUGGGAAGCUCCAAAACAAGACGGCUCAUAAUCGUUCCUCGGAAUGAUAGAUUCUUUUUAGGAUCUAGAUAUGGAAAAAGAAAUGGACCACUGUUAUCCGCAUACGAGCAGAGUAGCCUGAUGCAAGCCCUAAGCAAAAGUUUGAAAACGGAUAAGGAGACUUCCAAUAAUACAAUCCAAACCAAAUCUUUACCAAUGUCUUGCAUAUACACUGGCAUAAAAUCCUACUACCUUUGCAAUCGUAAUGACCAGAAGUCGGACGAUAAUCCUCAAUCACUGAAUAUGAUCGGAAUCCACUAAAGUUAUCGACAUAAGGUUCCCGGCUUGUUAUGGCUACUGCUCUCUGGCACUGAAUAAUAAAACCGAAUGAUAUUAAAACUUUUAAUGGGGCUGGAAAAAGUUUUAAUAUUAUAUAAGGUGUAUACACAAAAAAAAUUAAAUAAAUAAAAGCAGUAUAUAUUCAGGAGAAGUUACAGAAAGCCGAAAAAAAACUCCAAAGUUAAGAAAUUACCUAAGACGUCAAUGGGACUAUUUCCUCGUAUGCAUAUGUAUGCUCUACAUAAAUGUAAAUAAACAAAACUGUAAAAAAUAAAUAAAAAUAUUUAUCAAUAAAUUCUAAAGAAAU